AUGGUUGAAUCGACUGUUAUGCCGGUAGCAAAAUUAUCAGCUAGGCAUCCAUUAGCUACAGGUGUAUUGGUAGUUGGUAUAAAUGACGGGUGUAAAGAGCUAUACAAAUAUAUCGGUUGCAAUAAGGUUUAUUCAGCGACUGGAUUGUUUGGUUUCGCAACAGAUAGUUAUGAUUCCUAUGGAAAGCUCUUAAAGAUUGCACCAGUUAAGCACAUCACUAAAGAAAUGUUAUCAUUUACAUUACAGAAAUUCACUGGAGACAUUUUACAAAAGCCACCCCUGUAUUCUGCUUUACGGAUGGAAGGACGACGCCUUUAUGAUUACGCGCGUAAAGGGAUUGCACUUCCGAAAAGCAUUGAACCUCGUGCAGUCAAGGUUCAUUCAUUGUCAUUAUUAGAUUUCACUACUAGCCAUGAUUAUAAGCCUCCUACAACAACAGACACAAUGCUUCUCGAAGCAAUAAAAACAUCUGAAAGUAGCGAUACAAUGAAUAAGAAUAAUCAAAGUAACGAAAGAAUUAAUGAAGAUUCAAUUACAGAAAAUUCACUAUUGAACAAUCCAAUUUUUAAAAUUCAUGUCGAGUGCGGAAAAGGAACAUAUAUUCGAUCAUUAAUACAUGAUAUCGGGAUAGAGCUUAAUAGUGCAGCUCAUGUUGUAGAAUUGGUAAGAUUACAACAAGGUGAUUUACAAUUACAUAGAGACACAGUUGAAUUAGAUGAAUGCUCUGAUCUGAACACGAUUUUUAACGCCAUGGAAAAAAUCAAACUAAAACAUGAUUGUGUGUCGCAACCUCAAUGUAAUAAAUGA